AUGAAGAUCGCAAGCGUCUCCCUCUUUGCCGCAGGAAUUGCGUCUACGGGUGUGGUCGCAGCCCCUGCUCCUAUGGAAAUGCCUAGUACCUCUCCAAAUCUUGCCAAACGAGGUCUUUGGUUUAGAGAUGAGUGGUUCCCUGAGAGUGGUGGCAACACAAUUGGUGGGAGUACGCUUUGGAUGCUGCGCAACACUUGGAACAAUCGCUUUGGUGGGGACUUUGGCGGCAGCCUUGGGGUAUAUGAUUACAAAGGCGUGUGUUUCUGGGGACAGUGUCUAUUCGUGUCGUCCGAGGGGCAGGGUAGAAGGUGGUCUGGCGAUGCGUGGGGCAACGCUCUGUCAAGGCUUCAGGGCGUGGUUGGAGACAGUAAACAGGGUCUCUGUGGGGCCCGGAUUAACAAUGAUGCCUAUCUAGUCUUAAUAGCUGUGCAGCACAACGCAGUAUCGAUAAGAGGUCAAACUAUUAGCCGGAUGUUUAGAGACACUUGUGGAGGUAACCCUCCUUGGUAG